AUUCUCAUAGUAUCCAAAGCUUAUCUUAUAGAAAGGAGACAAAAUGAGCUUAAAAACUUAUUUUUACAAAGGAUAAAAAUUGUCUUCACAGAAAAUCCAGAAAAUCCAACUGGCAAAGAAGAUGCAGCUACUGUUAUCAACAAGAAAUCAACAAACUGGCAUAGUAUACAGACAAAGAUAGUGGUCCCAGAAUGA